UCAUAGACCUCACCAGCACCGUAGCUCCAGUAGUAAAAUCCCCUCAAAAAACCCUAGCGCGUUAUUUCAUAAAUAUUGAGUGAGAGGCGCCGAACCCGAGAAUCACAGCUCAAACAACCCAUAGAAGCAAUGGGUAUCGAUCUGAAGGCUGGAGGUAAGAACAAGAAGACAAAGCGCACAGCACCUAAGUCUGAUGAUGUUUACUUGAAACUCCUCGUCAAGCUAUACCGAUUUUUGGUGCGGAGGACGGGAAGCAAGUUCAACGCAGUGAUUCUUAAGCGGCUCUUUAUGAGCAAAACCAACAAACCUCCCCUUUCACUCUCGAGGUUGAUAUCUUAUACCAAAGGAAAGGAGGAUAAGAUUGCUGUGAUUGUGGGCUCUGUUACCGAUGAUGUUAGGGCCUAUGAAGUUCCAACAUUGAUGGUAUGUGCUUUGAGAUUCACAAAGACUGCAAGGGCAAGGAUUGAGAAAGCUGGUGGUGAGUGUUUGACAUUUGAUCAGCUGGCUCUUAGAGCUCCACUUGGUCAAAACACGGUUCUUCUCAGAGGCCCUAAGAAUGCUCGUGAAGCAGUGAGGCACUUUGGUCCAGCUCCGGGAGUUCCACACAGCCACACGAAACCAUAUGUGCGUUCCAAGGGAAGGAAGUUUGAGAGGGCCAGAGGAAGAAGAAAGAGCAGGGGUUACAAGGUUUAAGUUGGAUUCCAUUAUCUUAGGUUUGUUUCUAUCAUUGUAUACAAGUUUUGGAGACUACAAUGCACUUGCUUAGUUGGUUAUGCUUUUUUAUAUCUUGUUUAGAAUAUUUGAGUUAUAUAAACUUGAAAUUAAUUUUUUCAAAAUUCAAUGUAGUGUUGGUAUAAUAUCUUUUUAUUCA